AUUGAUGAUCUUUACGAAAGAUACAAAUCGAUCCUCCAUCACGCCAUAAUCUUACAAUUGAAUCUUAAUCCAAAAUGUAAGACAUCAAUUACUUGGAAUUUGUCUGCUUUUGGCCGUCAUAGUUUAACGCUUGGAUUAAAUUGGAAUAAAUAUCUCGAAGAGUCUGGCAUUAUGAAUUCUUCAUUGAGAUAUUUAUUGGCUGAAAAACCCUUAAAGGAUCUUGCACCUACGGCUCCAAACUCGAGCUCAUUAGUUAUAUAUAUUAUUCUGUCAAUUUUACAGCCACGAGCUUUCUUAGGCUUGUUUUUUGAUUUUGAUUUUCGGUCAGUAUUACUUGACGACGUGGAAAAAUAA